AUGCUGCAGGCAGCACUGUUUGAGCCAGGCCGCCUUGUUUUGAGCGGGAAUGACUCUGAAUGCCCCCAGCAAGUGCCAGCGACUGGCAGAGCAGAGAAGGCCUUGGUGGGGUCGCCAAGUGGCCAACUUUUGCUGGAGCUUACUCAUUCACCGCAGCCAUUGCUGGACGCUCUCACGGAUUGCUUGAAUCUGGCAUUGGAUGUAGCUACUUCAUCAACUUCCAAGACGGUGGACAUGGUUUUGUUCAUUUCACGACUUUAUGCUCGAGUGAUGAGCGCCGUCACGUUCCUGCACCAGAUCAUGAAGGGGGAGCACAGGUCUCAACAAAAGAACUGGGAGUUUGCGCUCCCCAAAUCCGGCACGACCAAGUACCACGAUGUUGUUCAGGUCUUGCACAAGGCCAUGCAGGAGCAUGACCAAUGCAUGUUGGGGCAGCAAGGGCAAGGGCUUUUGAGUUGCCUAGAGCGCUGGUUGAAAGAGCUCUGGGAGGCCAGCCAACAGAAGCCUGACCUCAUGGAUGAAAACGUACAGCGGAUGUGUGACAUUCAUGCUCACAUUCUGCUGCUGCUACGUAGCUUGCCGCUAGUUGGCAGGGCGAAGGGAAGCCAAAAACGUUCUCCGUAUCACCAUGUGGAGAGGCUACUCGGGUCGUAUUCGUUUUUGGUGGCCCAUCACACCUGGAAUGCUGGUUUCCUGCAGAUACCUGAGCCAGAGGUGAUGGAGGUUCUUCAGGUGCACAGGCGGUUCUUGUUGGAAUGGCUUGAUUCUUGUGAUUCCAGCAGCCAGUUCAACGAGGCUCUCGACAUAGUUCUCAAGCAGUAUGCGCUUGAAGACCGUGGUCGCGAGGGGGGUGAAGUGCAAGGCAAAAAGGCCUGGGGCAAGAUCAAUGAUGAUAUUUUGAAAUCAACGGGGUGCUAUGCGCUUGAUGAACGUGGUGAUUCUGAAUGCAUCAAGCACUUGCCUCGAAAGGACGUCUAUUGGUUGGAAGUCAAUCUCCAAUUGCUCCAAGUCUCGAUGAGGGGCACGUCUAUACAAGCUUUGGACGAGGAUCUCAUCAAAAGCCCAGCUUUGCAAAAGGUCUUGUACCGUGAAAACCGGGAACUGCGAACCAUGCAGGGAAGCAGAACCCUUGAGAGUUCCACUGUGGUGGUGUUCGAGCUCAUGUCGCAUGACUUUAUGAUCUUGAAAUGGGCUUCAGUCUCUCCUGGUUCCCCAGAGUUCCUACCUGUUUGCGUUGGCUAUGAUGACUUGUACGAUGCGGAGGAACUGCAAGAAGGAUUGGAGUGGAUCGGAGACCUAUUUGAGCCCAUCAGGAUGCAAUUCUGGCCGCCCAACCCGCAAGAACCUCCGAUGAAGUUCCUCCUCAACAGCGAAGCUCCCGUGUCGGCACCGGUGGCAAUUCUCGCUUGCUGCCAUCCAAAGGUACCAGGAAAGAUUUGGAAAGAGAUGCAUGUCUUCAGGGACUUGCAGAUGGUUCAAGUCUUUGGCAUUCGCAGCUACGGGCAUCGAUUCUAUCGAGUGCUCGAAUACUGCACCGACUGCCGCUUUAGCUUGCGGCACAUGCAGCCGAGCGCUGACGAGAGAGAAUCCAUUUGGCCAACCCUGGAGCGGUUUGCAGCUGGCAAGCCUUCUGGAUUGGGUGAGCAGCCUCCUUCAGUGACAGUUUGCCGUCGCCAGCUGAACGUUGGCGCAGCGAUUGAAGAGGAGAGGCAAGUCCUUGGUUUGCCCUGGCCUCCACAGAGGCCCGAAAACGAGUCGGACGACGAGGGCAUGGACUCCUCAGAUUCAGAACUUGACAUGAGUGACAUUACCUUGCAGAAAUCUCAAGUUCAAUUUGUGGAGGCACCUGACGGCUCAAAGGAAUGUCAUGAGAUGAUCUUCAGCCUUGUCCAGGAAGCUGAGCCUGACACCGACAAAAGCGACCACAAGUACAAUCUUGAAGUUGCCAAGCAAUCUCAUAAGGGACAAGACUUUAACGAGGGAGAUGAUGUAACAAUCCGGAAGAUGGGCGUUGCCGAAGCGAAGCAGAUUUUGGAGAACUCCCCAGCUGGGUGGGCUGAUCGUUUGACACAACACCUCGGCACCAUGGUGAAAGUCGUCAGGGACACCUCGAAGACCGCACCUCCGCUGGGCAAGCAGAUUCUGAGCUUCCGGGAGUAUGACCCUGUCACAGGAGAGCUCAAAUUCAUGGUCCGGGGAACCGAGAGAGGUGGGACGCUGGACACCUGCCGUAUCCCACUGCUGCAAAGCGGCGCCAUCCUACGUGAUUUGCUCCGCCUAGCACAGGUGGCCGAGGUUAAAGGCCUCGAGGCGGCUGCGCGCACAGCACGAGCAGCCCGCGGCAUCAGUUGGUCCAAGUUGACGCGGAGAGGGGAGCUGUUCUUGCCCAAGGAAGUUCUGCUUGGGGUGGUGCCCGCGUGCCUUUUGGAGACCUACCACUUCUAUCAAGACAUGACAGAGGAUGCCGUCCUGCGUGGUUAUCCGCUCAACCAGAAGCACGAGGAGGAAGCCUUCGCUAGCAUGGAUCAUUGGCUGUUGGUCAGACUUGUGAAAAGGCAUACCUCAAAGCACACUGGGAGCACAGGCCUUCAUGCCUUUGUGAGAAAAAUCACGAAGUCCCCCACAGGAAAGACCUUGGCAGGGCCAAAGCUGGUUGACUUGCUCUUCGCAGAGGAGGGCUCCCCCGGCUUUGUCGUCGCUCAGGUCAUUUCAAGGCUUGAAAACCUAUCGCACUGCUUGGCAUGGUCUUACGAUGUGGAUGGAGCUGCGGGAUCUUCCAUUGACAUCCUUGAGCUGCCCAGAUUGCGCUUGAGUUUCGAGCACAAAGAUGGCCAGCUGCUCUCCAAGGACUUCAAGGGCAUGCGCUUGGUGACUCAUGCCCCGCCCAGAGUGGUGCAAUUGAUGAGAGGGCUUCCUCACAGCGUUCCGCUUCAGGACCGGAAUGACAACUACCACAUUUUGGUGCCUUUUGUUCUAACCCACCGGCCAGACAUUGAGUCGGACCCAUUCUCAGGCGAACUGGUCUUGGAGCGAGAGAAUCGGGUAUGGUCAGCCCACAGCGUCAAGGUGUUUCUGUACGAAGUCCACUUGUCACAGACUUUCCUUUACACACCAACUCCGACAGCUGCACUCUAUUUGUUGUUGCUGAAGUUCCAGCACAGGCUCUAUGAUGAGGUGGCUCGGUUGGUGCUUUCCAUAGCCACUGAUAGCAGAUACCAAGACGAGCCUUUUCAUGUGUUCUCACACUUGCAGACUGUGGUGGACGAUCAGCAUCCGGAUGCUUGUGCUUGUAAGGUGAAGAUUGGAGUGGUCACCGGUGAUGCUGACAUGCAACUGCCGAUGAGGCUAGACUUGGAGAUGGCGCUCUACGUGCAAAAGCUUCACCAUGUGUCGGCCUCGUGCCGUCUCACUUUGGAAGAGGAACAGCGAGCUUUGCAACUGAUCGAUGAUCACAACGAGCGCUUACGGAUUGCAUUGGAACACCUGGAGUCUGUCCCAAGGAGAGAUUGGGCUGAGAAGGUGGAGGAUAAAAAGUUCCUGGCUGCAUUUCAGGCUUUGCUUCGUUCAGCAUCUCUGCCAGUGCACAUGGAGGAUGCCAAGCGGCUCCUUGUGCAGUCAGUCAACUGGAAACAUUUGCCUCCAGACAUGGUUGCCACCCUUUCCAACAGACGAAGCGUGUUGGAAGCUCUUGGAAAGGCACCUUCAAGCCAGGUGGACCUGUGCCAGGUCGAGCUCAGCUUGCCAGCGAGGGGAACAGGUCCCAAGUCUUCACGACCGGGCAGUGUGUUCCAAAGCAAGGACACCAGCUUCAUGACCCGCAGCCCGGACAGCAUCAUCUCAGAACUGGGACAUGUCGGGCUUCCAGACCGACGCAAGCUCAAACUCAACGAUGCCGUGGCCGUCGCCUAUGGAGCUCUUCACUCAGAAGACGCGGGCAGGGAAAUUUUUUGGAUGCUGUACCUGCUCCUCUUCGAGCACAAAUAUGGUGUCAAGGUGCAACUGAGGAAUGGGCAACUUUGCCGCCACUCGCACUGCUUUGGCAGCAUCCUUUUUUUUCUGUCCAGCUUCAGCCGAGCAUUUGGGACUCAGCAAAGCCUCCUGCGUUUGAUGAUCCACAACAAGGAGUUGAUGGAGAAUUUGCCGCCUUUGAUCGCAAAGAAGGAGCGCGAGUUUCAUAGUCAAGUCUGGGAACUGAGCGCUGCUUGUCGAAGGCACCUCUCAGAGUUGUUUUGGCCGCGCAGUGUCGAGACUUUCAAGUGCCUAACCCAAAAGGUCGAAAUGGUUUCCGUGCGUCCAAGUGGCGAGGGGCUGGGUGGUGUUCGACCAGAGCUGCGCAGUGGCCCCUUGGCCAAGCAACUGGAUCGCCUUGUUUCUUGGAAGCCCCCGAGGGUUAGCAAUGCCUUGCAAGGGGAGAUCUACCUAGCUUCGCGCCCAUCCAAUCUGGAGCACUUCAGUCGGAGCCCACUGGAAGGCUUAGAAGGCGGGCUGGAGCGGUAUGUGGCCAGUGUUGGGGCCGAACAUGUCAAAGAAACCCUGCCGUUUCAACUUGAGAAGCAUCCCGACAUGAAAUCGCCUCUUUCACAAAAGGCCCUGAAACGUAUCAAAGACGAGAUGCAGCGCUUCGCAGAACAGCAUCGUGAUGACCGAAAACAACUCUUGUUGUUUGUGGACGCAGCGGGCGACAAUAGGCCUCCCGUGCCAGAAGAGACAUUUGACUUGAGGAUUGCCUUGGAAAGGCUGCGAGCUGCUGACGUGAAAGAGAUCGAAAGGUUGACCGAACAUGUGCUGAAAGAAGCUUCCAGUCUCGAUCAUCCUCACGAAAGACCAGCAGAAGAGAUUCUGAGGUUUUGGUUGCUUCGCUAUGCUCGCCAGGAAGCAGAAGCUUGGUUCCAAUUCCUUUGCGCAGUGGUGUGCAGCAAUGCAUCCUUGCAAAACCUACUUCACUUGAACCCCUUCCUCACAAGCAAUCAGUGUGAAAGCUUGGUUCAGCAGGUGGCUGUUCUCAUGCUCCACACCGUCCGAGUGAUUCAAAUCAACCGAGCUUUGGAUCAGCUGCAGAGUUUGAUCUCGGCCAUCAAGAGUCCACCAUCCAAAGCUCACGCAGCUCGCAUCAAGGAGGAAAGCUUUCUUCUUUGUCAGACCUUGGUUGCUGAGAGGUGUUACAUGGCAGGAUGUGAAGCUGGAACCAAGUAUGCUUUGGACCCCAGACUUUUGAGCUUUGAGUUCAGUGACAAGAAGCUGCUACGGCGGCGGCAGGUGGAAUUGGUUCGAGAUUUCUCCAAGUCGGCGGAACAUGAUGUUUCGCUGGUGAAGCAGAUGAUCAUGGGAGCAGGAAAAACGACAGUUGUCUCCCCGCUCUUGGGUAUGCUGCUCGCUGAUGGCAGACGGCUGGUCGUUUUGAUGGUCCCCGCGCCCCUAUUGGAGUUUGCCAAGUCGGUGCUCAACGCCGUGUUUUCCAACAUCGUUCUCAAGCGCACCUUCACCUUCCAGAUGACUCGUAGUGACGACAUCGACUGCCAGCUCUUCAAGAAGAUUAGCAGACUUCGCGACAGUGGGGAUUUGGUUCUGACCGUGCCUAUGGCCACCAAAAGCCUCAUGCUCCGCUUUGUGGAGUCUUUGCUUGUACUGAAUGAUCGGAAGGCCAGACAGAGGACGCCUCAACUCCGAAGCAACAUGGUGAACUUGGGGCAAACUCUUGAACUUUUGCAGGUGUCUGUGGUGCUGAUUGACGAGGUCGACUGGGUGUUGCAUCCUUUGAAGUCUGAGCUGAACUUCCCGAUUGGCGAGAAACAACCCAUAGAUCUCGCUCCCCUUCGCUGGGAACUGCCACUGCAUUUGCUGGAGUCGUGCUUUCUUGCCGCUGUCUCUGACAUAGCUCCGACAAAGAAUGCGACCACUCUGGUGGAGUUGAAGCAGGCAAUCGACAGAGGUUUCGACCAGUGUUUCAUCAUGAAGGAGCCACACAUGGUUCUUUUGGAUGAGAAAUUCUACCAAAAGGAGAUGAAGCCUCCUCUGCUGAAAUGGCUCAACAUUUUCCUGAACCAGAAGCACACUGGAAGACAGUUCAUAGGUGGUGCAGAUGGCCAGGGGCUUCAGUCUGAGGAGGUUCUGGCAUUCGUUGGCAACACCUGCAACAUUUCGAGCAACUACUAUUUGAUACCUGGCAAGUAUAGGCUGACUUACCAAGACACGGACGUCCAGAUCGGUGGCCCAUACUUCGCACGUCCAGGUGAGGGUGGUGACUUCUUUCUCUCUGGACUCAGUCGACCAACUUUGCAGGCGUCGUCAGCGUCACACCAGUGGGUCAUGCAACGAGGAUCUCAGAAGUGGAUCUUGGGGCGGCUGGAGGGUGAGGAGGCUGAGGUGGAAGCCUUUUUCGAGGCCUUUGUGACUCCUGGGGAUGAUGAGUGUCCUGUAUCCUUGCAGUGGCAGCUGGUGAAACUGAAAGAAGAAGAAGGAUGGAAGCUGCGGCCAGACACGCAGAUGGAAGCAAAAGUUGCAACACUUGAGGCAAGGAUGGCUGGAGAGACGCAGAUUAGCGCUCACGACAUCAAAGUCUUGACUUUGGCGAGAGACUGGAUCAAUGUCAUUCUACCACACUGCCUCAAGAAGAUCAACCGUGUCACCUUUGGAUUGAUGACAGAUGAGCAGGUCAACGAUGCUUUGCUAGAGAAUCCACUGAUGUCAGAAACCCGCGGCAAGCUGGGUAUCCCCUUCAUCGGGAAGGACAUGCCGUCACCAGCCGCUGAGUUCCAGCAUCCUGAUGUUUUGGUGGGAUUGAGCUUCUUGAGCUAUCGCUACCAAGGCCUCAGGAAGAGCGACAUGGCCGAUUUGUUGUCGACUUUGUCUGAGAGAUAUUCACGAGAGCCUGGGAAGCCUGGCCAGCGUGCAAGCAACAAGCUAUUCAAAGCAUGGGUUGAAGCUUCAGGCGGGAGAAUUGCAGGCGAGCCCACUGACAAUGCUGAGUUGCCAAAAUUUCGCCAGCUUCAUGAACUAGAGCUCACCAACGAGAGACAGAUGGAGGAGCUACACCAACUACUCCACAAGACUGCGGCGGUGGUUGAUUGGUACCUGAAAAAUUGCAUCUUCCCGGCGUUCAUGCGCUUUCAAAGCCAGCAGCUUUCUGCCAGCGGUGAAGAUCUUGGGGGUGGCAUUCUCUUCAAGACCCGCUUAGGUUUCUCUGGAACUCCUUCGGACUUGAUGCCCAUGGAGUUGGGUUCUUGCGACUUUGAGCCUGGCAGCGAGGGGGAAUGCAUUCACAACCUUUGCACUUCGGAAGGCUGGGUGCGAGUGCGAGACAUUGGUUGGCGUGGUCAUGUAUUACUCGCAUCUCAUGUCUUUUUUUUACAACCUUCAGGGCGGUGUUUCUAUAUUUGUUUUUGCAACUGUUUGCUGAUUCUCCUCCCUCAAAUUCUCACCCAAAGUCCCUGCAGCCAGCAAAACCACGUUCGGGUGCCAGCCGCGGCAGACGUUAUCUUCUAA